AUGGAGCCCAACUCACGAGCGCCCGGUACGAGUAAAACGCUGCACAGUCACGGUGAAAUCGAGAGCUCCGCUGAGCGAGUCGUUCUCAGCGAGAUCGCCUCAGACGCGAGCUGUCACAAGAGAACGUACAAGAAAACAGAGCUGCGAAGAGCAAUUAUCCGAAGUGUUUGUCACCAAUCGAAGGAGGAUGGUGCUGAGGGCUUACCCUUGCAGCCGCCGGCGGGUGAACGGCUCAGUGAACAGGCGGAUCGACUGCGACUUGGAAUGCCCCGUAGACUGCUCAUGCGUGACCGGAGCGGUAAAGCAAGUCGUGCACUGCCUACGGGAUGCGAGUCAACGAGCGCUCGCUAUAGAGCAGAACUAGCUGGCACGCUCGAGUCCUCGAGUGAAGCCUCAGCAGCACAGCCUGCAAAGUGGUCUCCUGCAAAGAGCUUUCAAACGAUGGUUCGCCACCUUUCAGGAGGCGUCGGCGCUCGCAUGGAUUCGCAUGGCUGUAAUGUAUGGCUGUUGCAGUCAGACGAAGGGCAUUCGCAAGGUACAUCGCUUUCACCUCAAGCGGUGGACUGCUCCAGAGAAAAUCAGAGCUCUCCGAUACCGCUUCCGUCUGCAAAUUGUGUACAGAUACCCGCAGAGGAGCCUGCGGUAUGCCCGCAUGAACCGACUACCUCGGAUACACUUUCUGGUCCUGCGAGCGAACGCAAAUCACCAAUGCAAGUUGACAACUACCUUGAGACCGCACCCGGCACAGAGCGUCGUUCGAAGCGUAUUCAUCGGCGAAAAGAGAGCGGAGAUACCGAGCAGAGAGAUUUGUUUCGUUUUCCCGAACAAAACCCAGGUGCCGUUUCGAUAACGCUAGGCGAUUUGCGCCUUCUCCAGCCGGGUGGCUACCUCAAUGAUAACGUUAUUGAGUUCUGGCUCAAGUUUCUGGAGCGGUACCGGAUUCCACCGUAUCGCAUGGAACAAUUGCAUUUCAUGUCGACAUUCUUCUACAAGAAAAUCACCAGCGUACCCCAGCGAUCGCGUUCGGAUGCGUCGCUCGCGGAGGAACUUUACGACUACAUUGCGCUGCGCUGGUUCAUCUCGCGAGGUGUCGAUCUGUUCACGAAGAGAAUGUUAUUCAUACCGAUACACCAUGAAUUUCACUGGUCUGUGGCAGUGGUCUGUAAUCUCGAUGCAUUCGCCAAUGGCUGGCAUUCGGAACUCGAUUGCGAGUGUCGGCACAAGCCCUGCAUCCUCUAUCUGGACUCGAUGCGAUCCGCGAGUCCCGGUGGCAUGACCAAAUCAGUGCGCAGCUUUUUGACUACCUAUGCGCGUGUGCGAGCUGCAACCAUGUGCUCGACAGGCGUAGGUACAACCAGAAAGGUACGGCUCUGCAGCGCGGGUGGUACGGAGCGCUCCACUGGAGUACGAUCCGCUGACUCCGAGUUUGGGAGCACGGACUCGGCUGGGCACCUUGCCAUGCACCCACAGAGUGCUCAUCCAGAAAAGAUGACUGCUGGCGAUGACUUGCGAGGUGUACGCCCCGCCGCAGCGCACGACUCGCCGGAAUCGCCACUGCGAACUGUAUCGACUGCCGGAGACCAGCGAGACGCCGAUGAACGCAGCGGCGAUUCCUUCGUGUUCGACGGCGAAAACUUGCCGCUCUUGAAACCAAAAGUACCGCUGCAGGAAAAUGGCAUGGAUUGCGGCAUCUACAUGCUCAUGUAUAUCGAGCAUCUAGCCUGGUCUUCGCCAGAAUCGUACCAGCUUGAGUAUUUGAACGCAUGCACAAGCAAAUUAUUCGCAGCGAGUGAUGCAGACGCCUACCGACUGGUAAUAGAACGCGUCAUACGGGGCCUCGCGUCAGCACACGGCAUCGAAAACCUCCCUGAGUACGAUGUCGAGGACGUGGACUUGCUGGAUGCAGAAGACGUAUGA